GCAUUUUUCGGAUUUGCCGGCCGGUAAGGAAAUGAAAAUUAUAUAAUACCAUGAUUAUAUCAUAUGGAUAUAUAAAUAUAACGUAUUACAUAUUUAGUUCAAGCUAUUAGUACAACAGAGAAUACGAUGUAUAUAGGAGAGUCUCUUACUCAUUAUGUUCCUAUGCAAAUGAUGAUAACUGCUGCUAUGGCCAGUGCAUGUUCUACAGGUGCACUUUCCUUUUUAUUAUCACCUUAUGUUAAUUCCAUUUAUGUACAUACUGCCUUGAAUGAUGAAAAUCCAAGAAUUACGUCUAAUACUGUCAUUUCUAUUGAAACGUUAGAUUUAUUAGCCCGUUCUCGUACGACCACUUUGCAGUUACGAGAAUUAUUGCCUAUACCAAAUUCAUCCCUAAUGACAUGGAAAGUGAAUAAAAAAGUUCUUGAGAAGCAAUAUCAUUUAAUAGAUCAAGGAAAGAAUGUUAGCCCUAGAAUUCAUCAACAUAGGUUUUGGCUGGAUCAAAGGAAUGGUGUAGGUAAUAGAGAUAUUAUGUCAAGUAUAUUACGUAUUGUGCAUGAACAAGGGCGUCAAAAAUCAUUAUAAUAAAAAAAAUAAAAUAAAAUAAAAUAAAAUAAACAAAAGAUAUACAUUUAAUUCAUUAA